UACACUACACUCCCUCCCUACGUCACUCCAACAGCUGCUGCUCCAUGUUAGCAGCUAACGUUACUGACAGAUACAGACACCGGACAGCUAAAACGACAGCUUCUCACGUUUAGGUUUCGUUAGGUUUUUCUCACCAUCGUAGUAUAUACAUGGACUACAAGUUUAUCACAACAGAGCGACCUGAGUUAAGUGUUUUGGCCGAACGAAGAAGGGCUAUAGCAGGCUAAUCUGUCCAUGCUAGCGGACUGAAGCUUCCACACAUAAACACAGAAUAAUGGAGUUCAACGUUAGACGGUUGGCAGCUGAUGCUGGCACUUUCCUCAGUCGUGCUGUACAGUUCACAGAGGAGAAGCUCGGGCAAGCGGAAAGAACCGAACUAGAUGCCCAUCUGGAGACGCUUUUAAUCCGGGCUGAAUCCACUAAACACCACACAGAGAAGAUCAUGAAACAGACAGAAGUUGUGCUUCAGCCCAACCCCAAUGUUAGGAUGGAGGAGUUUCUUUACGAGAUGUUGGACAAGAAAAUCCCAACACGUGCCAACAACCACGAGUUGCUGGGGGAGUGCAUGAUCGACUCGGGGCACGAGUUCGGACCUGGAACAGCAUACGGAAGUGCUCUCAUUAAAUGUGGGGAAACUGAGAAGCUGUUAGGCAGCGCGGAGAAAGAAUUAAUCCAGAGUUCUGCUAUCAAUUUUCUGACUCCUUUAAGGAACUUCAUUGAGGGUGAUUAUAAAACCCUAUUGAGAGAGCGGAAACUGCUUCAGAAUAAACGACUGGAUCUGGAUGCAGCCAAAAACAGACUGAAGAAGGCCAGAGUGGCUGAUGCUCGCUCUGCAGAGCUGAACUCAACCCCUCCGCUGGGAGAGGAGUAUGUCGCUCACUUUUCUUACAUGCUAAGCUUCUUGCAUGUCAGGUGGCUAAAGAUGUGGACUGAGGAGGUGCAGCAGGCAGAGACCGAACUGAGGAUAGCACAGAGUGAGUUUGAUCGGCAGGCUGAGAUCACCAGACUCUUAUUGGAGGGCAUCAGCAGCACUCAUGCUCAUCAUUUGCGUUGCCUGAAUGACUUUGUGGACGCCCAAACUGCUUAUUAUGCACAGGGUUACCAGUACAUUGUUAAUCUGCAGAAACAGCUGGGAAGCUUUCCUUCUACAUUCAGUUCUAAUAACAAUCAGCCCGGUGGGAGCUCCUCUGCCAGUAUCUCAGUUCCGACCGUACCGAUGGCCGCCUCUUUGCCAGCACCUCCACCCAGCCAGGCCUCACCCGCACUAAAUGAACUCCGCAGCACCUUCGGUACACGUAAGGCCCGUGUUCUGUACGACUAUGACGCAGACAGCAGCAGUGAGCUUUCUCUACUUGCCGAUGAGAUGAUCACCGUGACCAGUGUGCCAGGCAUGGACUCUGAUUGGCUGUUGGGUCAACGGGGCAAUCAGAAAGGCAAAGUCCCAAUUACCUACCUAGAGCUGCUCAAUUAAUUGUGUGGCAGAGCUGAAAACACUCAUGAUGCGAGUUUGACAGAAGUAACACUCCAGAUGUGAUCAAGGGAUUACACAGUCAUGUAGCGCAAACCAAUAUCAAGUCUUCUACACUGCCAUCAUGUCUUAUUGUCUGAACUCGAGGGGUGUCAUAGUAGCCUUACAGUAACUAAAAGCAGUCUGAGAUUGCCAACUAUUUCUUUGAUGUAUGUGCCAACUGAGUUUUUUAUUGCUUAACCAAUUUGUUUUUGCUAUAAUGUGCUAUGGUGCUUGAAUAAAUAUUAUAUUAACAA